CUCUCCUCUGUCUUUCUGAGCCGGCGACUCCUUCCCUCCACCGCCGCCUCCGCCUCCGCCUCCCUUGCUACCUCCUGUCGUCACCUGCCGUCGCGCCGUCUUGCCCGUUGCUUCGCUGUGUCGUGCGGAGUCUUGACUACCCGGUGUGACCAUGGAUGGCGCAAACAAUGGUGAACCACAAAAUCAGAAGCAUGAUGAACUUACAGAGUCACUCAAUGAUCUCUUUAGCAGCAUUAGCACAAUGAUCAAAUCGGAGCUUCAGGGGACUAAUAAUCAACUUGAGUUAUUAGAGAAGAUGAAUGUGAGGGUUGCGGAAGAGUACAAAGGUUACGGCGACUUAGCUUCAGGGUUGAGGGUUUUUGUGGAGCAGUUGAAAUGCAAGAGUGGUAGCUUCAACGAAUAUGUUGAGCAGAUUGAUGCCAUAGAGAAGCAAGUAACUGAAUUUGAAGUUGUGGUCUCUAUGCUUGACAAAUAUGUGUGUCUGUUGGAAUCAAGAGUGCAGUCUGUGUACCAAACUAGGCUUCAUCCUCCUUCUAAUAAUUAGAUAAUAUAAAUAUGUAUAGAUUUGAUUUGGUAACUUGCUUACACAGUGAUUUUGAGUGUUUUAUCUUGUGUUAACCAGUUAAAGACUGAGAGGUUGUAUUGUAUUCCCUUAAUACCGGUGCUAGUAUAUUUUCCAUGAAGUAAUUUCAUUACAAAUUAAUUACUUUCA